GAGAUUCUAUUCGUGCCAUUAUACAUAAAAUUCACGAAGUCAAAUAUACAUAUACUUUCAUUCACAUGGGACGCUCGCGCGCAUUGUCAGUUGAAAUAGAAUAUAGCCAAUGCGCUGUGAUGUGCCAUUAGAAUAGAGAUUAAAAAGAACAUAAUAUUAAAAUAAAAAAAAUUAACUAUAAUUAGUUAAUUUGAUUUACCAUCCUUGUCUACAUAAAUAUUUUACCAACUCUGUUUUUCUGUCGAUGUUUGUGCCACUAAUCUCGACUAUAAGAUAAAGGUUAUGGAAAACAACGAGAUUAUAGACGAGGAUACAAUGCAAAUAGAAGAGCAACAAACUGCAGAGGAGGAACAUGAAAAUGAACAUGUUUCUCAUAAUGAAGAUAAUGUGCAAGAUAAUAAUAAAAAUGAUGUUCCAACUAACAGUUCACAAUCAAAAAACACAGUAGGCCAAAAUUUGGAUGUCUCGGAUAUUGAUUCUGAUCAAGCAUGCCCAAUUUGCAUGGAACAAUGGACUAGCUCAGGAGAACAUCGUUUAUGUUGUUUACGCUGUGGACAUUUAUUUGGACACAGUUGUAUUCUGAGAUGGCUACAAUGUUCUUGUAACAGUACAAAUCGUCGUUGUCCACAAUGCAACAAGAAAGCUUCAGUGAAACAUAUUAGAAUGUUAUAUGCAAAAAAACUAACAGCAAUAGAUACUGCAGAAUAUGAUAAACUGAAGAAGGAAUUACUUCAUGUAUCAGCUGAAAAAAACCGCUUACAAAUGGAAUUAUCACAGUAUGAUAUCCGUUUGAAAGUAUUUGACCAGCAAAUGGCUUCCAUGAAGAAACGCAUUUCUGAAUUGGAAAGUCAACAAUCAGAUAUGGAUGUUUAUGUAAAUCAAAAUACUUUGAGUCCCUCCACUAAAAAGUUUCAUCUGGAACGAUCUAUAGAGAUCUGUAAAGAGGGUGGAUGUCGUGUCUUAGAUUUUAAUCCAUGGCACAAAUUUUUGGCCGUUUCUCAGAAAUCAACAAAUGUACUGUUCAAUGGAUAUGGCAUAAGGAAGAUUGAUUGUGAAUAUUUCCAUUCACGGCAAUUUAUUUUCUUACACACUCAGCCCAUAAGAGAUGUAACUUUUCAUUCUACGCAACAAAUGCUUCUUCUCAGUGUUGGUUUUGAUAAAUGUGCAAAACUAAUGGAUAUCCAAAAUAAUAUGACAGUGCACACAUAUCAAACAGAACAUCAACUUUGGAGUUGUUGUUGGUCAGGUGACAAUCCUCACAUUUUCCUAACCGGUGCACAAAAUGGAUCCAUUACUCAAUUUGAUAUCAGACAAACUUCUGGUGCUGUUAGUAUUUUAGAUGGUCAUGGUGACAGAUCACCAGUUGUAUCAAUGGCAACAGUAUCACCAAAUCCUGGUAGCGGUAUUAGUAGGGGUGGCUUUAUAGCUUGUCGUUUUCAUACAUGCUAUGCAUAUGAAAUUAAAGACACUAUAUAUUUACCCAAGCAAGUAUUUUUAGAAGGUCCCUUUGUUUCAGUACGUUAUGACGAGAGAAAUCAUCAUUAUCUUAUAUCGUCUCGUCCUAAUGCUAGGCAACCACAUGCAAGACAUGUAGUGUGCACUAUUGAAAAAAAUUUAUCUAAUGAAGAAAUAAUUAUGUGUAAUGCUGUACAUACAUUCCAAGCUGGUAAUUCUCAACAUCUUUUAUCUCGACCAUGUCACUUAUAUACAGAAAAUGAUACGUUAGUCGCAGCACAUAUAGAAACAAGUAGUAAUAUAUCAUUAUGGAGUACAGCAAGCGGCAAACAAUUGCAUAAUCUUCCUGUAUCAGAUGCUGUUUUGGAUUUAUGUUCAUUUGAAGCUAGCAAUUAUUUAUUUUUAGCAACACUUUCUGCAAAAAGACUUAGACUAUAUAAUUAUGGACAAUUAACAUAAAGUACAAAUAUACAAAAUAAUACAUAAACUCCUCUUGCCACUUACUGUGUGUGAUACUUUGUGCGAGAGAUAAUUAUGUCUCUUCGUAUAAUAUUAAGACAGACUGAAUCGUUAAACAUAUUUUCUUCUUUUGUACUGUAAUAUUAUAUAUAUAUAUAUAUACAAAGACUCUUUAAAUGAUUAAAAAGACAAAUAUAUAUCUAAAAUUUAUUUGCAACUAUAAUUUUUUAUUAUUUCCA